AGCGGUUAAGACCGAUUUACCCCUUUUCUUUCACUUCUCUUUGAUCUUGUUGACGGGGAGGGCGGUGUUGGUUUUUCUCUUCAUUAGAUGAUAACGACUGGCAAGGCUAGACUAAUUGUAGAGCCUGUUUACUAUUUUGUAGGCAAAGUGAAACGUUUUAUGACUUAUGAAAUAACGUUUUUACACUUUCCUGUGAACCGCACGCAAAAACCGGAUUCCAGUUCUCUCUCCUGUGGAGCGAGCGCCUUUUUUGUAUCGCCCUAGCAACUGGUCCUCGUGGCUGCUGCCUUGUGACAUUUCCUUGUCGCUUUACUCACCAGCCAUCGCAUAUUGAAUUCGCCUUUUUGCACCCGCCUGUAUGCGGGGCCAUUUUUGCAUAGGGUAUUUCCCUACCUCGUCUUUAAUUUGAUUUAUUUAAAACUCUGGAGGUUCAUGCGUCGGAGAAAUCUCAUCUUUCUGCGUCAAAAUGCCUGUGAGACGCGGUCAUGUAGCCCUCCAGAACACUUAUCUGGACACCAUUAUCCGGAAAUUCGAUGGACAAAAUCGUAAGUUCCUGAUAGCCAACGCUCAGAUGAAGAACUGUGGCAUUAUCUACUGUAACGAGGGCUUCUGCCAGAUGUUUGGCUUCUCGCGGGCAGAGAUCAUGCAGCAGCCCUGCACCUGCCAGUUCUUGGUGGGACCUGGCACCAUGAAGACUGCCCUGACACAGCUGGCACAGGCCCUGCUAGGGUCAGAGGAGCGCAAGGUGGAGAUCCUCUACUACAACAAAGAAGGGACCUGCAGGCCCUGUCUGAUUGAUGUUGUUCCUGUGAAGAAAGCGGAGGGACAGGUCAUCAUGUUCAUCCUCAACUUCCAGGAAAUCAUUGACCCCUCCCUCAAGAAACCAGGUCUGAGACAAAGGGUGGCCCAGGGCUGGGUAUGGGCAGGGCAGAGUCGCAGGCUGAAAUUGAGACUGCCAUUGGUACGUGCAAUGCGUCGGUCUUCCCUCGCCAAAGACCAGUUUGAGGGGGUGGUGGUGGACUACCUACAGCCCAACAGUGAAGAGAUCCCACUGAAAGAGUUACGUAUCCCGUCCAAGGAGAGCUGCAUGCAGUCUGAGACAGAGGCGCUGAUAGAGCAGGACCAUGAGUCCUCCCAGCCUGCAAGCCACUACUCCCCCAAACUGCUGUCCCUAUUGUCGGAGCGGCUGGAACCCAGCGUGCCCUUCCUCCCCAGCAGCCCCUUCUCCAGUGCAGCCUUUCCCAGGACGGUCCUGCCCCGGAGCCGCUCCAGAGAGACUGUUGGCAGCCUCCGCAGAGCUUCCUCCCUGGAUGACCUCGACAGCAUGAGGGCCGAGUCGGGCCGACCAGGAGACCCACGCUCCAUCAGCAACCUGAAGGCCGGUACUCUGAGCUCCACCUCAGACUCGGACCUGAUGCGACGCAGGACCAGCACUCGUAACCCCCUCACACUCAGUUUCGCCUCCGACCUCUUGCGACCACCCUCGCCCACUGAGAUCGAGAUCAUCGCUCCGAGCAAAGUAAAGGACCGUCACCGAGACGUCACAGAGAAGGUCACACAUGUCACACAGGUACUGUCCCUAGGGGCUGAUGUCCUGCCAGAGUACAAGCUCCAGGCGCCUCGCAUCCACAAGUGGACCAUCCUCCACUACAGUCCCUUCAAGGCGGUGUGGGACUGGGUCAUCCUCCUGCUGGUCAUCUACACGGCCGUCUUCACCCCCUACUCCGCUGCCUUCCUGCUCAACGAGGUGGAGGACGAGCUCCGGCGCUCCUGUGGCUACACCUGCAACCCCCUCAACGUGGUGGAUCUGGUGGUGGACGUCAUGUUUAUCGUGGACAUUCUCAUCAACUUCCGGACCACAUAUGUCAAUCACAAUGACGAGGUGGUCAGCCACCCGGGGCGCAUCGCCCAGCACUACUUCAAAGGCUGGUUCCUCAUUGAUAUAGUGGCAGCCAUCCCCUUUGACUUGCUCAUAUUCCGCUCUGGCUCUGAUGAGCCCCAGACGACCACUCUGAUUGGCUUGCUGAAGACUGCUCGGCUGCUGCGAUUGGUGCGUGUGGCGCGGAAGCUGGACCACUACUCAGAGUACGGCGCCGCCGUUCUCUUCCUCCUCAUGUGCACCUUUGCCCUCAUCGCCCAUUGGUUGGCCUGUAUCUGGUACGCCAUCGGCAACGCGGAGCGCACCAACUCGGCCCGCAUCGGAGGCAUGAAGAUCGGCUGGCUGGACAACCUGGCUGAACAGAUUGGUAAACCAUACAACGACACAGACCCUGCCUCCGGCCCCUCCACCAAGGAUAAAUACGUCACAGCGCUUUACUUUACCUUCAGCAGCUUGACCAGCGUGGGCUUCGGCAACGUUUCCCCCAACACCAACCCUGAGAAGAUCUUCUCCAUCUGCAUCAUGCUAAUCGGCUCUCUGAUGUAUGCCAGUAUCUUUGGUAACGUGUCGGCUAUCAUCCAGAGGCUGUACUCCGGCACAGCCCGUUACCACACCCAGAUGCUGCGUGUCAAAGAGUUCAUCCGCUUCCACCAGAUCCCAGAGGGACUACGCCAGAGACUGGAGGAGUACUUCCAACAUGCCUGGUCCUAUACCAAUGGCAUCGACAUGAACGCUGUGCUGAAGGGUUUCCCUGAGUGUCUGCAGGCUGAUAUCUGCCUCCACCUGAACCGCUGCCUGCUCCAGAACUGCAGGGCCUUCAAGGGGGCCAGUAACGGCUGUCUGCGGGCGCUGGCCAUGAGGUUUAAGACCACCCACGCCCCUCCGGGCGACACCCUGGUCCACAUGGGAGACGUCCUCUCAGCUCUCUACUUCAUCUCUAGAGGGUCCAUAGAGAUUCUGAGAGACGAUGUGGUGGUGGCCAUACUGGGUCAAAAUGAUAUCUUCGGCGAACCCAUCUAUCUUUUUGGGCGUCCAGGGAAGUCCAGUGCAGACGUCAGGGCUUUGACCUACUGUGACCUCCAUAGGAUCCUGAGGGAGGACCUGCUGGAGGUGCUGGAUAUGUACCCAGACUUCUCAGACUGCUUCUGGACCAACCUGGAGAUCACCUUCAACCUCCGAGAUGUAGAUAGAAUGAACCAGGCACCUCCCAGUGAGGACUCUGAAUGUGGAUACCGACGGCCGCGGCCACGACGCAAGAGAAACCGGCCUGACGGCAUGGACCGUGAGGACUCAUUUCCAGACCAGUCGUGUCCUUUGGGGAACCACAGCGGCCCGGACACAAGCUCCCACUGGGAGGGCAUGUGUAGCAGCGCCAGCGCCUGCUCCCAGUCCAGUGACGAUGAGAUGAAGCCCCUGGGACAUAGCAUAGCAGAGCUGUACCCCUCUGUGGACGACACCGAUGACUACCCCCCUGCUGUGGUCAGCCUGCUGCCUCCCAGCGGACCCUCAGCCAGCAUGGGGCCGCCCCUGGACCGAGGAAGUCACCAAUACACAGCUGCCGCCCCCAUCAACAUGCCAGGCCCAGGGGUGUAUGGGUAUUGGCCUGACCGGAGGACCAGUCAGUUGUCAGAUCCCCAGCGGCGCUGCUCCUCAGUCAGGGGCACCUACCACUCUCCUCCCUGUGCAGAGGACAGGCCCAAUGAACUGGAGUCCAGAGUGGAGCUGCUACAGUCCCAGCUCCGCAGACUGGAGACUCGGAUGACUGCAGACAUCCACGUGAUCCUGCAGCUGCUCCAAAGGCAGAUAACCCCAGUGCCCCCGGCCUACAGCACUGUGUUGCCCAGCCCUCACCCUGCUCACCCCACCACCCUGUACAGCACAGCAGCCCCCAUCAUCCACACUGUCCCCUCCAUGCCCCCAAUCAAGAUUGACAGCAUGCUUUCGCCACUGCAGAGCCCGGACUCAGACAAGCACAAGUCCAAGGACUCCCUGUCCAGUGGGAUCCACCUCACGGUGGCCUCUGAUGACACCAUGUCCAUGUCCCCUGAGACAGAGCCCCUUCCAGGGUCCUCCAUGGGCCUCAGCCCCCCCCAUGUCUCCUGCCAAACCCUGGGGCCCUCUGGACUGCUGUGUGGCAGCCUGCGUUUCCCCUCCCUCCCUGACAACCUGGAGACCUCCACAGAGGGGCAGGAGAUUCAGAGGCACGUUUCUGACCCCAUCCUGCCAGGCAGCUAAAACCCUCUGACCUUUAACCUUGAACCUGAUCAUCCCUCACUCCUAGCACCCCCUGCACCACCACAGGAGGACAAUCACAUGUUGGCAGAGUCACUUCUCUAAUCGUCGCCUCUCUCAUUCCUCCUCUUCAAUCCCCACCCAACCCCCUAACCUGUAAGAUGCUGCUGAUCAACGUGGGUUGCCUUCCACAUAGCUGAGAGGAAUUUCUUUGGAGGGCCCCCUCUCACUGACUCACAGUGCCCGGGGCUGAGGCACCUCUGGUCCUGUGCGACAAACAACCUCUCCUCUCUAUCAGAGCCUAGGGCAUUAUUGAGAGGGGGUUUAGGAUUUCUGCAACCCAGACCCCACAAAGCCUGGGGGCCUGGCACUGCCUAUGGAGAACUGAUAUGAAACUGGGGUGACUAGAAGCACACGUACACACACGUCACACAGACACUAACAAUAACCCCAAACCCCCUUUUCCCUGGAUCUCAAAGCUGUAGUAUUGUCAUUCCUCUCUCGUUUUCCUUUUGUUAAGUGAUGGUCCUUUUAUGCCAUGUUCCUUUUUGUUGGGAGAUAAGAAUUUGGCCAAAAAUACAUAUAACUGUGUGUACUGUAUGUUUACACUGUAGAGGAACUGCACAUUCAGGCUCAGUGCUGUUUAUAAGUUGAACUGAAAUGUAUUUUUAUAGUAUCAUGAGGAUCUUACCGUCAAUCUGGAAAAUCGAAUAGUUAUUUCUUUCACACUAUUGCUAUGUUGGUGUAACAUAUUAUCAACAGAUGAUAUAAAGAGAUGGUAUAAAUGCCAUCUAAAUACUGUUGAUGUCUGUAUGGUAGGAAUGACUACUGUAAAAGUGGCCAUUUUUGAAUACAGUAAUUCUACUCUCAUGUUCUACCAUCAUAUGACUUAAUGGAAAGCAAUAUUUGUUAACAUGAAGUGACAUGUCUCAUUAUUGAGUCAACAUUGUCAGGGGUCAUGAGAACAGAUAAUUGACAUGGGAAAAAGCAUAAUGGACAGUUUUGUCAUCUCUUUUAUGCUGUAGUUAUGUAGCACUUGUGAAGCAUUAUAAACACUUUCAUUUAUACAGCCAUUACUGCUUUGCUUGGGUCAUCAUGUUUGUGUGUGUCUAUAUAUCUGUUCUGUUUCACAGGACUGUUGUUACACCAAGGAUGCAUCAUCUCUUUUUCAGGUGUGUGUAUGUGUGUGUGCGCAAUGUUUGUUGACUAUGUUUGAGUAAGUGACAUGGUCACAUAUUUAACAUCACCCUUUUGAAAGGCCCGGAUUCAAUCUGAUUCUACAAGACAAUGUUCCCGCUUUUGAAGAGACCACAUUAUCGGUAAACUCUGCAUAUGUCGGCUCAAUCGGAAAUUACGUUCAAGUGGUGCAUUGUCCAAAUCUGCAAUCAGAAUGGAUCCUGGCCCAAAUGUGUGUAAUGACUCAAGGUGCCAAAGUUAGUGGAUGUUUGAUGCCCACCUGGGAGGAAGUGAUGUGGAUGUAAUCUGCCAAUCAAGUGAUGUCACUGGGAUAGUGUCAUUUUCCCAGAAUCCCAGUGUCAAGAUAUUUUUGACAGUUUCAGGAGAAUGUAACAAUGUUUUUUAAGCCUUUCUUGUUCUUUAAAGGUUUCUUGAAGCACAAAAUCAUAAUUCUUAUUCAUCUUUUUUAGAUUAAAGAUUAUUUAUAACAAAUAAUA